AUGGUUAAGUGCAGUCCAGCGAUACUCAAGAAGUGCAUUCCGAAUCUCCUUUGUUCCCUUUUCUGUACAUUUUUCUCGAUUUGGGGAACGCUGUUCCUUGUUGUGAUUCUUGCGACGUGUGACAACUACCCAGUCAAGAAGGGGAAACUUCUUGACUUUACCGCAGACGAUUUUGUGACACUAAGAAUUCAGACUGGUAUUGCUGCAGGAUUUUAUCUUCUUUUUGUGAUCGGAUGUGGAAUUUGGUCUGGGAUUCAAAUCUUUAAGAAGAUCAAGACUGGGAAUAAGGUCGAGUAUUAUUGA